CAUAUGCACUCGCUGCUUGACAGGAAGGUAGCCAUAAUAAUUACGCCCCAAUUAACAUGGCUGUUUCUUGGAUGAUAAUAUAGACAAGUGUUGCUUAGUGACACCGAGUGCUGACUGGCUCUAGUGAGCAAUUGACAGCAGAGUGAGUUGGGUUUCAAGAGCACGGACCAACCAAUUAUCAUUCAUCGUACGGAUUAAAAGCCGUCCUUAUCGCUCUUGUAAACGCGUGUGGGUACGGAAGGGGAGGAGUUGGAAAAAAACAGUUGGGCUGACAGCAGCAGCAGCACAUACCUCCCCAAAUUACAAGAAGUCCUGCUCAUUGAUUGGUGUCAGGAAAUGAUGGAUAUACGCGGCCCAAAAUAAGUAUUUUUUUUUUCGCCUUUUUACUUUCAUCGUUUUGCAUUUUCCUUUACCUUUAUUCAUUCUUUGCAAGUAUAGCUAUGAGCUCCACUGCGCUCGCACAAAUGGAGGACAAUAUCCUCCUUCGACUGGAGGCCACAGGUUACGAUUCCGAUCGCAAUAGUGUUAUUAGUAAUAGUAGCAGUAAUGACAAUGAUCCAUUCCGACGAUUGGAUUUUGUGGGCAGUAAUCCGAUUCCUGCCUAUGGGGCUGUGUCGAACUCAAAGUUCGACUUACUGCCGCAAGGUGUGCAGCUGGCAGAGGACCUACGAGGCGGUUGCGGUGGACGGAUAUGGGAAGCGGCUACUGUCUUGAUUGAUUACCUUUUGUGGAAGAACAAGCAGCUCAAUGACACCCUAUUCAAGGGACAAAAAGUGAUUGAGCUUGGCGCUGGUACGGGUUUGGUUGGCCUUGCGGUCGCAUUGGGCUGUCCGAGCCUUGAUAACAUGGUGUUGACCGACCAAAUACCCAUGAUGCGGUUGAUGCAACAAAACAUCGGGCUCAAUAAUGUGCAAGAUAAAGUAGAAGCAAGCGUUUUGGAUUGGGGCGAAUUAGAAAAGGUUCCGGAAGCGUGCCGUGCUCCCGACGUGAUUUUGGCAUCGGACUGUGUCUAUCUUGAAGUCGCAUUCAAGCCGCUUGUGGAUACUCUGCUUGCGCUGGCAGACAAGGACACGGAGAUUUACAUGAGCUACCGGAAACGGAGGAAUGCAGACAAGCGAUUCUUCAAUAUGGCACGGAAACAUUUUACCCUGACAGAGGUUAUGGACGAUCCUAAACGGAGCAUAUACACCAGGGACAGACUCAAGCUAUACCUUAUGAGAAAGAAAUAAAAUUCC